UUUUCAUAUGUGAAUGCAGACCCCUAAAUGAAUGGGAAGUAGAUCUCCCAAUCUUGCCUUAUGGCAAGAACUGUGGGGUCCACUGUGUUGCAUGUGUUUUAUACACCCUGUCCAUCCCUUUUGCUAGCUCAUUUUCGAGCAUAAGCCCCAAAAUGAAGUAGAUCCCAAGCUCAUGUGGACUGCAAACAAGCUUCUUACUUUCUCCGUACCCUGAGGGAGAGACUCCAUUCAUAGGAUCCUGUUUGGCUAAGUCAUCAACCUACAACAAGCUUGACUUCCUUAUGAAUAUGGGAAGCAAAUAAUACACAAUGUUGAUAAUAACAUCAAAGUGGAAAAGGGUUGAAAAUUAUGAACUUUGGAGCAAGCCAACAACAGACUAAUGGUGUUGAAGAUGCUCUUCAAGCUGCUGAUGAUGAUGUUGUAGAUCCACAUCUUGAACGGAUUAAAAACAAAGCUGUUGUGAGGAAAGCGAUGAAGAGGAUGAAGAUUUUGUUGUGGAGAAGGAUGAUGGAGGCUCUCCUACUAAUGAUUUUAGAGACGAAGAAUCAGAUGCUAGUGAAAAUGGUGAUGACAAAGAAAAGCCUCUCAAGAAGGAAGUUAAGAAAGAAGCAGCUACUCCUAAGGCAUCUUCUUCUAAGAGGAAAUCCAAGGAUGGAGAUGAAGAUGGUUCAAAGAAGAGAAAACCAAAGAAGAAAAAGGAUCCUAGUGCACCAAAGAGAGCUAUGUCUGCUUUCAUGUUCUUCUCAAAAGCUGAAAGAGAUGUGUUUCUAUUACAUCCCACCUCAUAUGUAGUGGUGGUGACUACAUCUGUGACCGUUAAUCUAUAUGCCUUCCCUGUUUUUGAAGUUUUCCAUUGAGGCGGAUUGCGUGGUCACCGAACACUAUCGAACUUCAUGGUAGCAAGCCUAUGUGAAGCCACAGAAGUUUCGGGUAAGCCGGUAGAUCCAAAAAUUCAAAACAUUCUAUCCGACCCCAUCAUGAGACAGGAGUGAUUGACCCCUCAUGCAUCGUGGAACAACUUGAGGCUCAAAUUGCAAAGGUGAAAGAAGAAGCUUUUAGCAGGAAAGAGAUUCUAUCGAAGGUUGAAAGUUGAUACUCACAAACCAUGCUAAGCAACAUAUAGCAACUCCAAAGGUGCUUCAUCCCCUUAAGUGUGUUUCGUUUAUUCCAACCAUUUCUGUAAGAUGAUGCAACCAAUUUAUUGUCUCCAUGUUGUACUUGCAUGCCUAAAUUUGUUUCAGCACGGUUUCUACCCUACAAACCAUGAUCACGGGACCCUACUUAGCUUAUUUGAUGUUAUUUAACAAAUGAACAUUUAAUAUCAGGUCCAAAACAGCAACCUCAGAGAACAGAUUUCAACCAUACUGGCUAUGACCAGCUAGUUUGCAGCAGCCUGGCACAAUAAACUAGCAGUAACAAGCCAGAGAGCCAGAUUUAGUAUCUUAACUGAUUCCUUUAGUAUUAAUAGACCGUUAACUAUUUGAUUGGAAUUGUGCUGAUUAUUGUCUUGAUGAAUGUUAAAUGGGUGAAACAUGAUUACGA